AGCAGAGCUCCUGGGUGAGAUCUAUCUGAGAAAGAGAGAAAUCUAGAGAGAGAAUGAGAGAACUGACGGCCGACGGUAACGCGGCGGCUCCUCCGCAAGCUCUUCUGGAGAGGCUCAAGGAUUACGGCCAGGAGUAUACUUUUGCCCUUUGGGACGAGCUUUCGGCAGAGGAGCGAGACCUUCUCGUCAAGGACAUCGAGAGUUUAGAUCUUUCAAGGAUAGAUCGGAUCAUUCGGUGUUCACUUCGAUCUCAAGGGCUUCCGACGGCAGCAAUUGAGCCGGUUCCAGAGAGUAGUGUGUCCACUGUAGAGGAGAGAACACUUGAAGAAAGAGAGAGAUGGUGGAAGAUGGGUUUGAAAGCCAUCUCCGAAGGGAAGUUGGCGGUGGUUCUCCUAUCUGGUGGGCAGGGAACUCGGCUUGGAAGUUCAGAUCCAAAGGGAUGUUUUAAUAUUGGACUUCCAUCAGGAAAGUCACUCUUUCAACUUCAAGCUGAACGAAUUUUGUGUGUUCAAAGACUUGCUGCUCAAUCUACAAAUGAGGGUUCAGGUGGUUUUGUGCCAAUUCAUUGGUACAUUAUGACGAGUCCAUUUACUGAUGAUGUCACCCGCAAAUUUUUUGAAAGCCAUAAAUACUUUGGCCUUGAAGCAGAUCAAAUCACCUUCUUCCAGCAAGGAACCAUACCUUGUAUUUCAAAGGAUGGCAGAUUCAUCAUGGAGACUCCCUACAAAGUAGCUAAGGCUCCAGAUGGAAAUGGAGGAGUAUAUUCAGCUUUAAAAUCUUCAAGAUUACUUGAAGAUAUGGCCACAAGAGGAGUCAAGUACUUAGAUUGCUAUGGAGUUGACAAUGCACUGGUCCGUGUGGCUGAUCCAACUUUCUUGGGUUAUUUUAUUGAUAAAGGUGUAGCUUCAGCAGCAAAAGUUGUCCGUAAGGCAUACCCCCAAGAAAAGGUCGGUGUGUUUGUAAGGCGAGGUAAAGGUGGACCUCUUUCCGUCGUUGAGUACAGUGAGUUGGAUCCAACACUGGCUAGUGCAAUCAAUCAGGAAACUGGACGGCUUCGCUAUUGUUGGAGUAAUGUGUGCUUACAUAUGUUUACUCUGGAUUUUCUGAACCAAGUGGCAAAUGGCCUUGAGAAAGACAGCAUUUACCAUCUUGCAGAGAAGAAAAUCGCUUCAACCCACGGAUACACAAUGGGAUUAAAACUAGAGCAGUUUAUAUUUGAUGCAUUUCCAUAUGCCCCUUCAACUGCACUUUAUGAGGUAUUGCGUGAAGAAGAGUUUGCACCAGUAAAGAAUGCCAAUGGGUCAAACUUUGACACUCCCGAUAGUGCUAAGCUGCUUGUUCUCAGACUCCAUACUCGUUGGGUGGUGGCUGCAGGCGGCUUCUUGACGCAUUCAGUGCCCUUAUAUGCAACUGGUGUGGAGAUAUCACCACUCUGCUCCUAUUCUGGGGAAAACCUAGAAGCCAUCUGCCGUGGAAGAACAUUUCACGCUCCUUGUGAAAUCUCAUUCUAGAGGUAGCUCUUCUCCUGUUGUGUUGAUUUUAUAUGUGGGGUUGGUUACAUUUUUGAACUGAAGCUGGGAAUGGAUGAGAGCCAUCCGUCUCUAGCUUAGUGGGUGGUAAAGUGCUUCUUUUUCAUGGAUUCAAAAGGUUUUGGAAUAAUGUUGAGCAUGAUGGUGGAUUGGUGUAGUUGUAGCCAAUUUAUAUAUAUCGUCCAGUUUCACUUCUCUUUUAUAUUCAAA